CACAGCUGUCGGACGUGUGCGUUCCAUUUUAAUAAAAUAAAUUACGUACGUUCUUAGUUAACAGUCAAUGCGUGGAUUGAAUCGCGAGUGUACAGUGACGAUUAAAUAAUAAUAAAUGACGAAUUUGUGAUACGUGAUGAAACUUUUUGUUUAAUUUCCCAAGGAUGUUUAUCACUUUCGUAAUUAUCAGCUUGCUUGUAAAAGAAUCAAUGCUACUAAGAAUAGUAAGGGUAGCAGUACCAUCAUACAAAGUAAGGGGCCAGCCGGCUCAGUUGGAUUGUGACUAUGAGUUAGGGGAUGAUAUACUUUAUUCUGUAAAAUGGUAUCGAGAUAACGAAGAAUUCUAUCGCUACAUGCCUAAGUUCGACCCUCCAAAGCACGCGUAUAAAUUAGACGGAAUAAAAGUCGAUUUACUUAAAUCUGAUGACCGGAGAGUUAUAUUACAUCCAGUGACAUUAAAAUCAAGCGGUCAAUAUCGCUGUGAAGUGUCUGCAGAAGCGCCCAGCUUUGCCUCAGCCGCCGGUGAAGGGAGAAUGGAAGUAAUUUAUUUGCCCCGGGAAGGGCCGAGAAUAACCGGCAACCAACAAGAGAACAGAAGAGGUGACUCGAUGUUCCUAAACUGCACGUCGGGUCGCUCCUACCCCGCGGCAAUACUCAGUUGGGAUAUCGACGGUGAAAAGGUGACAGACCCAGCACUGCUAGUUGAGUACCCCCAUAUUCAACACCAGCACGGGUUGGUGUCAACCGCGCUGGGCCUGCGCGUGCCAACAGGCCGCACGAUGCAGGUGCGCUGCACCGCGCGAGUGGCGCCCUCGUGGCGGGAGGGGAGUGAAGCUGUUGUUGGCAACAGCCAACUCGCUGAUAGCAAAGAAGCCAUGUUGUUAGUGAAAAGUUCAAGCGGAGGGUGUACACUAAACGUAAUGUUGUUAACACUUUCUUUUAUUCAACUUCUUAGUUCUUUAAUGCAAUUAGAAACGUGAUAAAUUAUCCCUUAUCUUUUAACAGAACCUUUAGAAACGAUCACAAUUGUUAAUAGUUUCGACUGAAAAAGUUGCGUAGUAAACCUGUUUAAGUCGUGCAGUUUUAUUUCUUGCGUAUUCUUAAGUAAGAUAAAAGAGAAUUUAAAAAAUGUAAAAAUGUUGUAAUUAGUAGUAAUGUUAAGAACAA